AUGGAGAAUGAAGGAAAGAGAAGUGACCGAUUGGUACUGGUCCCAGGUUCAUUCCAGGGACACCUCAACCCAAUGCUUCAACUGGGCACCAUUCUUUACUCUCAGGGCUUCUCCAUCACAGUUGCACACACCAAAUUUAAUUCCCCCAACCCUUCAAAUCACCCUGAUUUCAAUUUCCUAACCAUCUCGUAUGCCGCGUAUGAUAGCGACCUCUCCUCAGGGAAUAUACUAGCUUUAAUUUUGCGUCUCAAUGUCAAUUGCAAAGCUCCUUUUCAAGAAUGUUUGGCUCGGUUGAUGGAGAAACAGAAUUCGGAUGAAGAGAAAAUCUCCUGCAUCAUCUAUGGUGAACUCAUGUAUUUCUCUGAAGUAGUGGCUAAUGAGAUGAAGCUUCUGAGCAUUAUCUUGCGCACAGGGGGUAUAACCGCCUUCAUUUCUCGCGAUGCCACUGUCCCACAGGCAGAAGGUAACAAUUUCUUCCAAGGUCUUGGAUCAAAAGACAUAGUGCCUGGAUUUUAUCCCCUCAUGUUAAAGGAUCUACCUUUUUCGAAAUUCGGGUCAUUAGAAACUAUGACACAAGUGGUGAAAGAGUUGCGCAAUACUGGAAAGUCUUCAGCUAUCAUCUAUAACACAAUAGACUUCCUUGAGCAAUCAUCACUGGCGAGGACCCUACAACAAUGCCACAUUCCACGCUUCUCCAUAGGCCCUCUGCAUAAAUUUGCUCCAGCCUUAUCAAGUAUCUUGUUCGACGAAGAUAUCAGCUGCAUGAGAUGGCUUGACGAGCAAACUAAUGAUAACACAAUAAUAUAUGUAAUCUUGGGAAGCAUAACACAGAUUGAUGAGAAUGAGCUAGCUGAAAUGGCAUGGAGCCUAGCCAACAGCAAUCAGCCUUUCUUAUGGGUGGUUCGACCGGGCUCAGAGCGUGGCUCAGAAUGGAUCGAGUCAUUGCCUUAAGGUUUUGAAGAAGCUAUCGGACAACGAGGGUGCAUUGUGAAAUGGGCACCCCAGAAGCAAGUGUUGGCCCAUGCCAAAGUGGGAGGGUUUUGGAGCCACUGUGGAUGGAACUCAACAAUGGAAAGUAUAAGUGAAGGUGUUCCAAUCAUCUGUAGACCAAACUCUGGAGACCAGAGGGUGAAUGGAAGAUAUAUAAGUAAUGUGUGGAGAGUGGGAUUGGAAAUGGAGAAUGAGUUGAAUAGAAGGGAAGUAGAGAGAGAAGUAAGAAGACUAAUGGUUGAUAAAGAAGGAUUGGAGAUUAGGCAGAAUGCCAAGGAAUUGAAGGAGAAGAUUCAACUUUGCGUUAGGGAAGGUGGCUCUUCUUAUAAUUCCUUGAAUGAGUUAGUAAAAUUCAUCAAGUCACUUUGA